CCCGCGCAGCUGUCCGCUCCCAACGUGAGCGCCGAGCGCCGCCUACGCCGCUACGUGCGCUUCCCCGCCGGCCGGUACGGCGCGCGCCCGCAGCCCCAGCCUCCACCCUCCGCCUACCUGCCCGAGCACGCGCCCUGGCUGCCGCUCAGGCCGAGCCCACAGCGCGAGCGGAGCCCGCGGCUGGUGUUCCGGGAUCCCGACGCACCGGGGACGCUGCCCGCCUUCUACCCGCAGCACAACGGUCUCAGCUCGCCGGCCGACGACCCGCGGGAGUACCGAAAACAGCCGUACCCUUUCGCGGGCGACCAGUCGAUGUGCUCGCAAGGGACGUGUGAGUUCUUCCUGACUUGCUGGAUGUCUGCGGGGCUGCUGGAGGGCAGCUGCGGCGGCUUCCUGUACGCCUGCUGCCAGCGCCGGCCGCCGUCCACGGCCAAGAAGAGCGAGCACUCGCUGGCGCCGCUGCCGGACUACGGGCCUGUGCUCAACGACCCCCGGUGCGGGCUGUCCUCUGGCAAGCUGGGCCAGCUGGUGGGCGCGCAGCGGAGGAUCGUCGGCGGUGACGAAGCGGGCUUCGGCAGCUUUCCCUGGCAGGCGUAUAUCAGGAUCGGAUCCAGCCGCUGCGGAGGUUCCUUGGUGAACAGAUACCAUGUCGUCACUGCCGGACACUGCGUAGCCAGGGCAAGCGCGCGCCAGGUGCAGGUGACGCUGGGCGACUACGUCAUCAACUCUGCGGUAGAGCCGCUGCCCGCCUACACGUUCGGCGUGCGCGAAAUCCGCGUGCACCCGUACUUCAAGUUCACGCCGCAGGCCGACCGCUUCGACGUGGCGGUGCUGCGGCUGGACCGGCCGGCGCCUUACCUGCCGCACAUCGCGCCCAUCUGCCUGCCCGAGAAGGGCGAGGACUUCCUGGGCCAGUACGGCUGGGCCGCGGGCUGGGGCGCGCUGCAGGCCGGUUCCCGACUGAGACCAAAGACACUUCAAGCAGUUGAUGUUCCUGUUAUUGACAACAGAUUAUGUGAACGGUGGCACAAGUCAAAUGGAAUCAAUGUUGUGAUUUAUGAUGAGAUGAUGUGUGCUGGAUAUAGAGGAGGUGGUAAAGAUUCCUGUCAGGGUGAUUCUGGAGGGCCAUUAAUGCUGGAAAAAUCUGGAAGAUGGUAUCUGAUUGGUAUUGUCUCAGCUGGAUAUUCAUGUGCCCAGAGAGGUCAACCUGGAAUUUAUCAUCGUGUUGCGGAGACAGUAGACUGGAUAUCAUACAUCAUUAAUUCGUAACAGAUGGAACAGCUAUGCAAAAGAGUAUGAAGAUUUAACAAGUUCCUCACUAGUGUUGGUGACCUGAGUAUGUGAGUGUGUUGAAGGAUAUUCACUGAAUUAAGCAAGAGACAUCUUACAAUGAAAUGACUGUAAAUGUAGACAGCAUCUGCCUUGUAUGACACAUGGAUGUCAUAAUGUAGUUCACUAACUUCAGGGUUUUCUCUUAAGUGAACAUAUGAUAUUAACAUGGAUGAUUAUACACAAGUUAGAUUUAAAUUAGUGAUGUCUCUCAGUCAUGUGUUAUUUAUGUUGGCUGUGCCUAAUAUUUCACAAAUAUUGUGGUGAACAUAAAUACUUCCACAACUUUUGUGGGAUACAUUUUUAUUUGUGUUUACCAUAUUCAUAAAAGUCAUAAAUUAAUCUCUUUUCUUCAUAUUCAGCGAGAGGCUUGAAGCCUAUUCUGAAUCAAAAUGAAACAUUAAUAUAAGCUGUAAUAAUAAUAAUUAUUUAUGUUUUAUGUACAUCUGCCAUUGUAAAUUUACU